GUUUGUUAGUUUCCCAUCCCAUUUCUAAACUUCUUACUUCAUCUCUCUCUCAUUCCCAACGCAAUAUUCAGAAAUGGGAUUUUUUCUUAAUUAUCAUUACUAUCUUCUUUCUGUGCUGCUGCUUUUGCCUGCAUUGUCUUACUCUGAAGACACAUUUACAUGUUCUAGGGCAACUUACUAUGGUAGCCCUGAUUGCUUAGGGACUCCAUCUGGAGCUUGUGGGUAUGGAGAAUUUGGAAGAACUGUAAAUGAUGCUAACGUUGCUGGAGUUUCAAGGCUGUGGAAAAAUGGAACUGGUUGCGGAGGUUGCUAUCAGGUUAGGUGCACAGUGCCAAAACUUUGCACUGAUUAUGGAGUGAACAUAGUGGUGACUGACUAUGGUGAAGGAGACCACACCGAUUUCAUCCUCAGCCCGAGCGCCUACUCAAAACUGGGACGUCCAGACACAGCUGAUGAGUUAUUUGCUUACGGUGUUGUUGAUGUAGAAUUCCGAAGAAUCUCCUGCAAAUUCAAAGGUUACAAAAAUCUCAUGUUUAAGGUUCAUGAGCACAGCAGGUUCCCUCAUUACCUAGCAAUAAUUUUGCUCUACCAAGCUGGACAAAAUGAAAUCCUAGCAGUUGAAAUAUGGCAGGAGGAUUGUAAGGAAUGGAGGGGAAUGAGGAGGGCAUAUGGUGCUGUUUGGGACAUGCCAAAUCCCCCAUAUGGGUCAAUAACGUUGAGAUUUCAAGUGAGUGGAAGCAUGGGGAUGACAUGGAUUGUAGCAAACAAUGCAAUCCCUGGUGAUUGGAAGGCUGGAGUUGCUUAUGAGUCAGAUAUCCAGCUUACUUAAACGACAAUAUAUAACAUGUAUCCCAGUUGAUUAUGAGUUAUGAUAUUUAGUGCUACUCUGCCUUAUAUAAGUGUGAUUUAGUUUUGUAUCAUCAGCUGAUGAAUAAAAAUUGGGAUUGUAAGGAUAGUAUGAAUAAAGUUCCACUGGAUUCCAAUACAA